AUGUUCAGACUCCUUCUGCUCGCUGCUCUGGUCCUGUGUGGACACUGCUCUGACAAAGUUCGUUACUUCGAAGACAAUACAAGAGUGGUAGGAGGCUCAGACGUUGCACCUAAUGCGUGGCCAUGGCAGGUAUCUCUCCAGUAUCUUUCUGGCAGCAGCUGGUACCACACCUGUGGAGGUUCCCUGAUCCGUGCUAACCGUGUGCUGACUGCUGCUCACUGCGUGGACAGGGUUGUCUCCUUCCGUGUCUCACUUGGAGACCACAACCUUAGUGUGAAUGAAGGCACUGAGCAGGUUAUCGCUGUGUCCACCAUCAGGAAGCAUGCCAGCUGGAACUCCAACAGUGUGUCUGCUGGGUAUGAUGUUGCCAUCCUCCAUCUGGCUGCCAGCGCCACCUUGAACAACUAUGUAAAACUGGCUGCCCUGCCCGCAGAUGGCUCUGUUCUGGCUAACAAUUAUGCCUGUACCAUCACAGGAUGGGGAAGAACUACCACCGGUGGAUCUCUGCCAUCCAUCCUCCAACAGGCCCCUCUGCCCGUGGUGGCCCACGCAACUUGCUCUACUAGCUCCUACUGGGGCAGCACUGUCAAGACCACUAUGGUUUGUGCUGGUGGUAAUGGAGUCCAGGCUGGAUGCAAUGGAGAUUCUGGUGGACCUCUGAACUGUGCAGUUGGUGAUGUUUACGAGGUUCAUGGUAUUGCUAGCUUCGUGUCCUCCCUUGGAUGCAAUGCUUACCUAAAGCCCACAGUGUUCACCAGAGUGUCAGCUUACAUCUCCUGGAUCAACAAUGUAAUUAAG